CACCGUGCGCCAGGAUCAAACAUUUACAGGCGGUGUGAGCGUCGAUUUCUUGUUUGAUUUCCAACAAAAUUGGAUUGAAAUGGCUGUGGAAUCGAGGGUGACACAGGAGGAAAUUAAAAAAGAACCAGAAAAGCCAGUGGACAGAGAAAAGACAUGCCCACUUCUCCUGAGGGUGUUUACCACCAACAACGGGAGGCAUCAUCGCAUGGACGAGUUUGCCCGGGGAAAUGUACCAUCUAGCGAGCUUCAGAUUUACACCUGGAUGGAUGCUACUCUAAAAGAAUUGACGAGUCUGGUGAAAGAGGUCUAUCCAGAAGCUCGAAAGAAAGGCACACAUUUUGGAUUUGCCAUUGUUUACCCAGAUCCUAAGCGACAGAUCUACAGGGUUAAAGAGAUUGGCAAUACUGUUUCAGGACGCAAAGGUGCAGAUGACUCCAUGACACUUCAGUCUCAACGCUUCCAGAUUGGAGAUUACCUAGACAUUGCCAUCACACCGCCUAACCGCGCACCACCUAUUCAAGGACGCAUGAGACCCUACUGACUCUCCUGAAAAAGACUGCACCUUGCAACACCUUGCUCCUGGAGGGUUACCUUCAUGCAGUGUUUAGUUCUAGUCCUGUUUUAAAAUGUGAAUCACAAGACCUUGAUUAGCUGGUUCAUUCAAUUGUUUUUAAAGUUAGAACUAAACUUGGCAUUAUAUUGUACCUCCAGGAUCAGGAUUGAGCAAAUAUUAGGGUUUUGAGGUUAUGUAUAUGAGAUUAUUUUUCAUUAAUAUUUUAUGUUCAUCUGGGUUUUAUACCAGAUCUACCUUUUUAAUUUUAGUCUCAUUACCAUGACUUCGUUAACAAACAUUGAAUAAAUCUUUUUUUUUU